GCCGCGGGCGGGCGGGGGGCGGGCGCUGCCCGCGAGUCUCGGAGCCGGCGGGCGAUGCGCUUCCUCCGCUGAGCGCAGCGCGGCCGAGCCGGCAGGAUGACGGUGGAGUUCGAGGAGUGCAUCAAGGACUCGCCCCGGUUCCGGGCAACCAUCGAUGAGGUGGAAACAGAUGUGGUGGAGAUCGAGGCCAAGCUUGACAAGCUGGUGAAGCUCUGCAGUGGCAUGAUCGAGGCUGGCAAGGUUUACAUCACCACCACCAAGCACUUUGUCAGCGGCGUGCGGGACCUGUCGCAGCAGUGCAAGAAGGAUGAGAUGAUCUCGGAGUGCCUGGAUAAAUUUGGGGACAGCCUGCAGGAAAUGAUCAAUUACCACAUGAUCCUGUUUGACCAGGCCCAGAGGUCGGUCCGGCAGCAGCUGCACAAUUUUGUCAAAGAUGACGUGAGGAAGUUCAAGGAGACCAAGAAGCAGUUUGACAAGGUGCGGGAGGACAUGGAGAUCUCGCUGGUGAAGAACGCGCAGGCGCCGCGGCACAAGCCCCACGAGGUGGAGGAGGCCACGGGCACGCUGACCAUCACCAGGAAAUGCUUCCGCCACCUGGCCCUGGACUAUGUGCUGCAGAUCAACGUGCUGCAGGCCAAGAAGAAAUUUGAGAUCCUGGACGCGAUGUUGUCCUUCAUGCACGCCCAGUUCACCUUCUUCCAGCAGGGCUACAGCCUCCUGCACGAGCUCGACCCCUACAUGAAGAAACUGGCCACAGAGCUGGACCAGCUGGUGAUCGACUCUGCCGUGGAGAAGAGGGAGAUGGAGCACAAGCACGCCCUGAUCCAGCAGAGGACCCUCCUGCAGGACUUCUCCUACGAUGACUCCAAGGUGGAGUUCAACGUGGAUGCCCCCAACGGGGUGGUGAUGGAAGGUUACCUCUUCAAGAGAGCCAGCAACGCCUUCAAAACAUGGAACAGGAGGUGGUUUUCCAUCCAGAACAGCCAGCUGGUCUACCAGAAGAAGCUAAAGGAUGUCCUGACCGUGGUGGUGGAGGACCUGAGGCUCUGUACGGUCAAACCCUGCGAGGACAUCGAGAGGAGGUUUUGCUUCGAGGUCGUCUCCCCCACCAAGAGCUGCAUGCUGCAGGCUGACUCUGAGAAGCUGCGCCAGGCCUGGAUCCAGGCUGUGCAAGCCAGCAUCGCCUCUGCCUACCGGGAGAGCCCCGACAGCUACUACAUCGAGAGGCUGGACAGAACAGCCUCCCCCUCCACCAGCAGCAUCGACUCGGCCACGGAUUCCCGGGAGCGUGGUGGGAAGGGGGAAACAAUCCUGCAGAGAGUGCAGAGCGUCCCUGGGAACGACCAGUGCUGCGACUGUGGGCAGCCAGACCCUCGCUGGGCCAGCAUCAACCUGGGCAUCCUGCUGUGCAUCGAGUGCUCUGGGAUCCACAGGAGCCUGGGUGUUCACUGCUCCAAGGUCCGAUCCCUCACGCUGGAUUCCUGGGAGCCGGAGCUGCUCAAACUGAUGUGUGAGCUGGGCAACAGCACCAUGAACCAGAUUUACGAGGCACAGUGUGAGGAGCUGGGGCUGAAGAAACCAACAGCAGGGAGCUCCAGGCAAGACAAGGAGGCCUGGAUCAAGGUGAAGUACGUGGAGAAGAAGUUCCUGAGGAAGCUGCCGGGCGGGGAGGUGCUGGCGGAGAGCGAGCGCAAACCGCGGCGCUGGUGCGUCAAGAAGUGCCAGAGGCACAACAGCAGCUCCAGAGCACCCACGGCACGCCGGAAAUACCGCCAGGAACCGGGCAACGCGUCCCCCGCCAUGCUGGCCUCAGCCGCCACCCUGGAGAGGAAGUUCCGCCGGGACUCGCUCUUCUGCCCGGACGAGCUGGACUCUCUCUUCUCCUACUUCGACACCGGGGCUGGCUCCGGCCCUCGCAGUGCCAGCCACAUCUCUCUGCAGCAGCCGCUGGCAGGUGGCCCUUGGAGUGGGAUGGGUCCCGCUGGGUCCCUCCUGGACGGAGGUCUGAGCAGUGACAGCGGCCUGGGAGGGAGCACCGAUGGCAGCAGUGACGUGCUGGUGUUCGGCUCCGUGGUGGACAGCGUGACCGAGGAAGAGUGUGAGGUGUCGGAGGAAUCCAGCGGGGAAGCCGAGAUCGAGCAGGAGGCGUCGGAUUUGGAGGAUGUGCGGGAGCUGCAGCCCGGGCUGGUGAUGUACCGGGCGGCCCGGGCGCGGAACCUGCCCCUGAUGGCCGAGGCACUGGCCCACGGCGCCGAGAUCAACUGGGUCAAUGACGAGGACGAGAGCAAAACGCCUCUGAUCCAGGCCGUGAGCGGGGGCUCCUUGAUCGCCUGUGAGUUCCUGCUGCAGAACGGGGCCGACGUUAACCAAAGGGACUCUCGGGGCCGGGCGCCCCUGCACCACGCCACCUACCUGGGGCACACCGGGCAGGUGUGUCUGUUCCUGAAGCGCGGCGCCACGCAGCACACGCCUGACGCCGACGGGCAGGACCCGCUGAGCAUCGCGGUCAGCGCCGCCAACGCCGACAUCGUCACCCUGCUGCGGCUGGCGCGGAUGAACGAGGAGAUGCGGGAAGCGGAGGGGCCCUUCGGCCAGGCCGGCCAGUACCCCAGCAGCAGCCCCACGGAGCUGCAGUACAGGAAGUGCAUCCAGGAGUUCAUCAGCCUCAACAUCGACGAGUGCUAGGGACAAACCCGCGUCCCCUCGGCCGCCCCCGAGCCGGGCUGGAUCCCUGGAGAGCCCCGUCCUUGGAUAUUUGGUGUUUUCCUUGCAGAUUGGUCUGGUUUGGACGCCUGCGGCCCUCGGGUUGAGCUGCCCGCAGGAAGGCCGAGGGCUUUUCCCUGUCAGCUUUGAGUUCUCAUGCUUGACUACUGGAUGGUUGAUUUUUUCUUGUUGUUGAGUAGGAGCCUCCCAGGGCAUAACCACGGACCAUAGGAUGUGUGUGGGGAGUGUGGGAGAUCGGUUUAAACAAAAAAAAAAAAAGGAAAAAAAUUUAAAAAGAGAAGGAAAAACCCUCCUGUGGCCAGGAGGGAGCCACCAACACCAGGAGCAGGCAAAGCUGUCCCUCGACAGCUGGCUGGGAGUUCUGGCAGGGAGUGUGGCAUGGAGCCUGCUCUGCCCCUGGGAGGCCCAGGCUGGUUUUUGGGGCAGGGAUGCUCCGGAGGCCCAGCGGAGCGGGAUUGAGAUCGGGAGCUCCGGCUCCUCACCCUGUGCUGCUCUCAGGACUAACCCAGCCACGCUGCCCUCGUUUGCUGCCCUGGGUGCUUGGCUGCUCAAAGCCAUAGCUGCCCUGCUUCCUGGGAGGAUUCCCACCCUGCAGGAUUCCUGGAAGCAGCAGCACUGAUCCCUGCAGCUGGUAGAAGCUUGUCGCUGGCGAUGGGCUCGGGGCAGGGAAGGGAACCAGCUCAAGCUGCUCGGUGCAAUUUCACAGAAUCCCAGAAUCAUGGAAUCCCAGAAUUCCAGAACCAUGGAAUCCCAGAAUCCCAGGUUGGACAAGACCUUUAAGAUCAUAGAGUCCAACCCAGCCCUAAAACUUCAACUAAACCACGGCACUGCCACAUCCAAUCUUCUUUUAAAGACACCCGGGGUGGGGAAUUGGACUCCACUUGCUUCCCUGCUCCCUUCAGGUUUCUGUGGAAGAGAAUUCCACUCGCAUGCAUCCCCUCUGUGCUCUCCCCCCGCAUGCUGGAGCAGCUCAGUGGCUUUGGAGCUCUCCAGUUCCUGUUCCCAGCAGGAUUCUGCUGUUUCUCUCCUUUUUCCCGUGGGGCUGCAGUGAGGGAACGUGGUUCUUCUCAGAGCCCUUUGGUGCUGGCUUGUGUCUCAUCCCGUCUUGGGAGGGCUCAGUGAGCACAGGCGCCUCUGGAAUCCUGGCUGGAGCCUUUUCCCAAUGUCCCCAGUGAGGAUUUGGGGGUGACAUCCCUGCCUGGGCUCCAGGGUCAGGCCACAGUGCCUUAGGGAUCAUCCUGGGAUCUCCAGGGCCUCCAAGGAAACCACGAAUCCCAGGCAGAGUUCCCCACCCUCCUGCCCACCAGCGGCAGAUCCGCAAUCCUCUGAUUUCCAUCCCAUCCUCUCUGGAAUUCUUGAUGUUUUCACUGCCAGGCCGCUGCCCUGCUCAGAAGCCUCAGCAGGAUUUGCUCCUGGGGCUGGAAUUGUGUCCUCAGGUUCUGAGGGAGCAGCUCCUGACCCUCAGGACUCACCCAGCAGCCCUUGCUGUCCUCCCACACCAGGCUCUCUCCUGGCUCGAGGCAAUUCCUGCUUCCUUAGGAAGUGCUGUCCCAGGUUUUCCUGCGUUUUCUGGCUGUGUGAUCCCAGUUCCCACUGGAGCUUUGGGAUGAGCAGUUCCAAGGGCUGACCUCUCAGUCCCAGUCUGAAACGGUCCUGGCGACUCUUCAGGGCAAAAUCUGCCCCCAGGGCCUCCUGUUCUUCCAUGGAUCAACAACCUCCUGAUCCUGGGGAAUGAAGAUUCCUCCUUUUUGCCUGUCCAGUGCCUGGGCUGGAAAUCUCUGUGGAUCUGGGGCAGACAACACUCCCUUAGAGUCUGGGAGUGGGAAGUGGAGGAUGAGCAGCUCCUGUGCUCAUCCCUGCCCAGCUCCGGUGCCCUCGGGAGCGGCCCUGGCGUGGGGCACGAAAUCCCAUCCUCACUGCAAUCCCAUUGGUGAGGGAGCGGGAUGGAGAAACCCCGGAAUUCCCAGCUCUGGGAGCAGAGGUUGUAGCUCUGAUUUGGGGUGCCCCCAGCUGAUUCCAGCUGUGGCACAGCUGCUCUGGCCUCUCCUUCACUUCCCACAGAACAUUCCCAGGAUCCAGCACCUCCUGGCCCCGUGGGCGGUGGCACAGCCCUGCUGCUCCCUGGGCAGCUCCAGCAGCUCCUGGAGCUCAUCUCUGGCUCCUCAGCUUUGGGAUUUCUCUUCUUUCUGUCCCAAAUCACCUCCAAUUUCCAUUCCCCCCUCUCCUGAGCAGGGCCGUGCCAUCCCUUGGCUGUCGCUGCCACCUUCUCCUUCCAUUCCAGCCUCUGGAUCCUGCUGGUGCUGCUGCCAUUGCUUUCAAAGUUUCAAAAAGCCAGGUUUAAAAGUUUCAAAGCCAGAGUUUCAAAGUUUAAAAAAGUCAGGGUUUAAAAAUGUAAAAAGCCAAGGUUUGAAAGUUUAAAGGGUUUGAAAGUUUCAAAAUUAGGGCUGAGCAAUGUUCUGCAGCCCUGGCACAGCUGGGAUGGGGUUGGAAGUUAUGGUGCUGAUCCUGCUCCUAAAUCCAGCCCUAAAUCCAAGUCCUGCAGCCCUGGCACAGCUGGGAUGGGGCUGGAAGCUGAUCCUGCUCCCAAAUGCGGCCCUAAAUCCAAGUCUGCCUUCAGCAGGACAUCCCCAGAGCCCUCUGGAACGCCCAGCCCAGCCCCUGGAGAGCUCCAGGAGCCAAAAUGCGGCUCUGGUCCCUGUAGGGAAUUCCCUCUUCAAUCCCACCGGGAUUUGUGCCGCUCUCCAUCGCUUCGGGCGUUUUUUGGUGCUGAUCCCCUCGAGUCGUGCCCUUCCCACGCUGGAAAUGUUUCCAGGCUCCUGCAGAGCUCUGGAGAGCCAAGGGGAGCUUUCACCCCUGCCACGGUCCUGCUCUGCUCACGGAUUUCAGCACGGUCAUUGUUGGUUUUUUCACCUGUACAGCGACUUCAAACUGGUUUUCAAACCCCCUCUGGUUUUCCCAGCUUUUUAGGAAGGAGUUAAAAACCCGAGUGAUCCUUUCCAUGAGCCAAGAAGCGCAGCUUCCGCUUUUGGGUCGUUUUAUUUCACUUUGUCUGGGAAUUCUGGCCAGAAAUCCUGUCUGCUUUGCACACCUGGAAGCUCAGACUCACUGCUGAAGUACAUGAAGUGGAAAGAAAAAAUGUAAAUAUCGAUGCAAAAAGCGGCGUCUUGCGAGACAAUGGAUUAUUUAACAUGUAUUGGUACUUUUCUUUAGAGUCGAUGUAUAAAAGCGACUUGGUGCACUUUUCCUACCUGACAGUAUUGGGGGGUUUUAUGUUCUUUUGUUAUGGGUUUUGUGCUGUCUUUUUUAAGCCGUGGAAUUGUUAAGUAUUUAAUUUAUUCUUAUUAUUGAUGUGCCCAGAGGACUAGUGCAAUUUUUAUUCAAUACAGUUGGUCUGUAUUUAAUGUCAGGAUUUUUUUGGUAGCGUUUUUAGGGAAUAUUUUUCCAAACCUGCCUUUUUUUCCCUGCCCCCUCUUUUCCUCAUUUUCCUUUCUUCUCCCCUUCCCCUUUCUGUUUCCGUCACGCAGCUCCCGAGGCAUGAAACGCCUCGGAUUUGAGAUAUAACCCAACGUCCUGCAGUCCCUAAAACCAAAAUUUCUCCAGGAAAAACACGUUAAGGAUGCACUUCUCCAUAUUUGCUGUGUUUCUUUGCUUUUCAUUUCUCCUUGGGGGGUUUGUGGAGGGGUGCGUGCUCUGAAUUUCAGCGCGGAAGGUGCACAGAAAAUUUAAUUUUGCCAAAGGAAAUGCAUUGCCAGGCUCUGAGGAAGAUGAAAAAAGGAACAUUUUGUUGUUUUUCCUGCCUCAAACGCAGCUGGAUUUGUGUUGUACCAUCCUGGUUGGAAUAUUUACUGCCCCAGUCUGCUGGUUUUCCAUUUUUCCAUUCUCCCUGUUAUUUUUCUGAGGGUGUGAGAGUGUUCUCUCUGGAUUUAACCACAUUUAACAGGAGGAGUUUGCCUUUGUCUGCAAAGCAAAGUGCCCAAAGCCUCCUCAGCCACCAGGAUCCUCCAUCCUUGGAAUUUUUUGGGAUCUGGGGGAGUAUUUCUGUCCAAGCCCUCACUUUUUAUUGACCCAAGUGCCUGGGCUUGGAUCGAGUCUGGGUUUGGAUCUCUGGCUUUGGCUCUCCGGGCUCUGUCCCUGAUUCCAGGUGGGAUGAGCUCAGCUUGGAUUUUCUGUGAAAUCCAGGAUCAUUCCAGCUCAUUUCAGCGCUGCUGCCUCUAAGCUGGGACAUUUCUUGGAGUAUUUUAAAGGAAAAAAACCUCGGUGGGAUUGGAAGAUUUGAUGCCUUUAACCAAACCCCAGGUGUGACAAGCUGAGCUGCGGCCCAGAUGGAAUUAUUCAUUGGGAACGGCCUCUGAGAUCAUCAAACGAACGAUGCUGUGGCUUCAGAGAGAGAGCUGGAGGGAGGAUUUUGGGAUCAAGGGAUCAGGAACAUCUCAGAGCAGCACAAACACUGCGAUUUGUGCAGGAAAGGCCCGGGAGCUCCUCAAGGAGCGCUCGCGGCCCUGCAGGGCCGUGCCAGCCCCAGCGGGGUCGGGGAAGGGCUGAGCCAUGGCCCGCAGGAAAAAAGGGAAUUUUUACAUUUGGAGAGGCCGGGAUGGAUAAGGGAUGUUUCCACAGGAACAUUCCCACCUCCCUCCUGGCUCCUGCCGGGCAGCUGGGGCUGUGGCUGGAAUUCCCGGCGGGAAUGCGCCAGGGCUGGGCCUCAGGGAGGGGGCGCCGGGCGCGGCCUUUGCUGAGGGACGGAGCAGCCGGGAAAGCUCCUGGGCCCCGGAGCGGCACCGGGACAGCGACCGCGGACA